UAGUUGUCUACUAAUCUGCGGACAGCGAGCAUGACGACGAACAUACUGUACUAAGAGUAUGUGUUAAAUAUAUAAAGUAUAACCACGUAUUACUGCCAGGGGUCUCACGGACUCGCCAAAUAAUCUACGAAAAUGGCUACGGAAAAGAAGCGAAUUCUCUCCGAGAACCUCGACUAUUUGGCAAAGACAAUAAACGUCGAUCAAGUUGUCAAGAAAACGGAAGAAAUGUACCCGUCGUUUCUAAACAACGGCGAUGUGGUGGCCUUGAACGUACGAAAACGGGAAGCGAGGGCGCUGCAUCUUUUAGAUAUAUUCAAGGAAAAGAAAGAUGGCUACGAUAAGCUUUACAAAAUAUUAAAAGCGACUAACCAUUCUACGACAGUGUUGAAAACGUUAGAGCCCGGUGUUGACUCAAAACAACCAGCAGCAAGUCCACUGCCCAAAACACAAGAGAAGUCACUGGACAAAGACCAGGCUUUAAUACUAGCUAUGAAAGAAAUGAUGGAGAUGAGCAAUCAGAGGAUGGUUGCCGAAAUGAAGGCGGGUCAGCGAGAGAUGUCAGAUCAGCUGGUUACAUUUAAAGACAACAUUAUAUGCGAAAUAACCGGUUUACGAGAAGCCAUGGAUCGCAUUGCAAACUUAGAGGACUCAAUGAAGAUAGAGACAUCAUCAAGGGAAGAUCUUAGAAAAAUAAUACAAGCACUCGUACAGGAAUUCACGACGUUCAAAGAGGAGUACCGCAAAACAGUUGAUAAACUCAACAAACUAGAAAAACAAGGUUCGUACGAUGAAGCUAAGUUAAACAAUUUUAUAGAUAAACUGAAUAAUUUCGGAACACACGGGGAAGAAAAACUCUGGAAAGAGAUUGAAAAACUACGAGAGGAGUUGGUGUCCCUGAGAAAAUGGACCGAAGAUAAUUGUGGGAAAAUGCAGAAAAGACUGGAGUGUAUUGAAGAAGAUCAAAAAGGACGACCCAGAGGGCACCCGAUAGUAAAAUCAGACAUCCAGUAUAUCGCGGUGAAAAUAGGAACAUACUGGGAGGUGGUUGCCAAGGAGGUUGGCAUACAGAAGGACACUAUUGCUAAAACUGGUGGCGAGUCUGCUAUGUCGGCGUCCCUCAUGAUGUCGAGGUGGCUCGAGCUCAGCAACUCGGGAGGUGUAGCGCCACCAACGUGGGAAUCGCUGCAAGAAAUAAUGAGACGUCACGAUAGUCGGGUGGCGUCUGAGAUUGAUGAACUUAGAAAAUUAACGGAAAAAUAGAAUUUGAUUUGAUCGACUCGGUUUGCCAUGAUGUUUUAAAUUUGUAAUUCAACUAAUGCGGAUGUCAUUUGCCAAUAUAUGUAUCUCCUAAUUUCACGUAUCUCAAAAUUUGAUGAUAUGUGCUCAACCACCGUGACUGUGGCCUUUGAAGGUAA